AAACUUUUCCAAACGUCAAAAAUUCGAUUUUUUAACAAUCAAGAUGGUAAAUGUUAUGAAAGGAGUUCUUGUCCGAUGUGACAAUGCUAUGAAACAGUUCUUGUUGCAUUUAGACGAGACAUUGAAGCUUGGAAGGAAAUUUAUCAUCCAAGACUUGGACGAAAACCACCUGUUCAUCUCUGCGGAUAUUUUGGACACUCUACAAGCGAAAAUCGACGAUUUGAUGGACCAGAUCAGUUUUCCAUUGGCUGAUAAAGGAAACUAAACCAACAGACACCAAUCAAGUUAGUUACUUUUAAAAAAAGUAACAAAAAAAAUCAAGAUUUCUUUUAAAAAACCCGGCAACAUGACAAUUUCUAAAGGAACCCUACGGGGUUCCAACAGAAUUAAAGAGAAUGAUAAACGUAGAAUUAUUGAUGAGAGUCAGCGUAAACGCAGGCAAAGAAAAGUGAUGGAAAUGCUAGAGUCUGAUAACUAUCACGAUGAUCCCCAUGCCGACUUGGUGAUGAGUAAAAAAGUGCCUAAAUUCGAGGAUAAUCUGGAGCAAAGGAGUUCCAGAACCAAAAGAAAAGAAAGAUCAGUCGACUACUACCAAUUUAAGUACCGUAAAAAUUUCCAACAGCUAGUGGACGAGGAUAGGGCCGAAUCAGAAGCAAAACAACGGCCUUCCUACAUGGAUAUUCAAUGUGGGGAGUCUCAGUUACCAUCGAGACAUUUUUGUGCCGUUUGUGGAUUCCUGGGUCAGUACAAUUGUCUGUCUUGUGGAACUAGAUAUUGCAGUAUCAGGUGUAUGGAGACUCAUAUGGAUACGAGGUGUCUCAAAUGGGCUGGUUAAAAACAUUUUUUGCGUAAAUUUUUCAAAUUUUUGAUAAAUUUUUAUGGUGGCGCAAUCUUUUAUAUAUCAUUAUGGUAAUCUUGAUAAAUGUGAUUGAUUAUAUUAAAAUAUGUAUGUAACAAUAAACUUACUUUUUUCUA